AUGGACCAGAAAUCAGUUGAUCCAAAAUCGUUCAUUAAAAUUAAUAUCCCAUCUAAAUCGGCGAGAAGACGUAGUAGUAACAGCAAUUCUACACUUACCACUUCAUUACAAGCCUAUAACAAACACGAUUUACAAAAUAUAAAAAAAGAUUUAAAAGCUAACAGCAAUAGUGCAGUAGAGAGAAAGGUACAACUUGAACGUUUUAUGCAACUGUUGAGCACCUUGCCUAACGUCGGUCCAAAUAACAGUGCUGCGGGUGGAGGCUUUAACGGAAGCCUCAUUCAUGGUGGUGUUGUGGGAAAACUCGGUGGAUCAACUGGUGUGAGACCUAAAAGUCCUAAAAGAACUGGAAGUCCUAGUAUACACAGAUUAGGAAGCCCUAUCAUUCAUAGAACAGGAAGUCCUAGCAUUCAUAGAACGGGAAGUCCUAGCAUUCAUAAAAGUACAUCAAAAGAGAAAGGUUCUAAGAAAAGAGGCUCAACUAUUAAAGCUAAAAAAGAUGAUUCAGAUCUGGACGAAUAUAUACCUACUCAACGAAAGGAGUCAAUAAAAACUAGCACAAGUGUUAAGAGAAAAAAAAAGAAAGAUCGUGAACGUGAACGUAUUAGCGAUGACGAUAGUGAAUCUUCAAGCUUUGAAAAACUUAUAUCAAAGAAUUCCCGAAAUUCGACACCAAAAAGAAAUUCUCAAAAUUCGAAUUCUACAAACACCGCAAGGGGUUCAUAUAAAAAAAGAAAACGAAGUACAACAGAAACUACAACUGUGGCUGUAGAAGAUGCACCUGUUGUAAAGUCAACAAAAGAUCAAGUGGCGAUAAAAACCUUUUAUGAACAUAUUGAUGCAUAUAUUCGUGAUUAUACUGAAGAAGAUAUCGAUUUCCUAGAAUCAAAGGGUGUUUUUCCUUUAGAUGAUGAUGAGACGAUACCUAAACUCGGUAAACAUUACUUGGAAGUUUGGGCCGAAGAAGAACGAAAUCUCGUCCCACAAACUACUGAGGAACUUGAAGCACGACAGAAUGAUGUAAUCAAGGGUCCUUUGAGGAGCCAGGAUCAAGAUAUUCCAGGUUCCCCUUGUGGUCCUUUAGCUGAAAGGGUGCUUGCUGCAUUUCUGGAAUGUGAUAUAGUAACUGAUGAUGUACCAACAGUAAACGGUAAUAAUUAUGAUGAACCCACCACACCUGAAGCUACGCAAAUGAAUGGUCACCGAGAAAUACUUGAUAUGGAUGACCGACUUAAGCGAGAAUUGAGAGCUCUAGAUCUCAUGGAUGACCAAGAUGUUGAAUGGGAUGAUAGAGAAGAUGACGAAAUCAGUAUCAAGUUACGAGAAUGUCAGUCAAAAUUACGUGAACAAGUGAAACGAAACAAUUACAGAAAAAGAAUCUUAUUGGAAAAAGUUAAGGCACGAUCAGAAGUUAAAUCACUUCUUAAAAAACGUAAAGAUUUAAUCGAGGGUAUAGGUGUUACUUUCACACCGGAGAGCCAAUAUUCUUUCGACCCUGGACAAUCCAUUUUUAAGCCGGAAGAAAUGGCCUUAUUGUAA